AUGAAAGACGCCCAUGACACUGCCUCCAUGGCUGAGGUAGAGGACAUCGAGGGAAAGCCUGCCACCACCCAUGAGGCUUUGGCGGCUAGCUACGUUCCAGGGACUGAUGAAGAGAAGAAACUGGUCCGGAAGAUUGACCUCUACCUGUUACCAUGCAUCUGGAUCAUGUACCUGCUGAGUUAUAUGGACAGAACCAACGUCGGCAAUGCCAAAGUCGCCGGCAUGGAACAAGAACUCGAGCUCGACUCCAACCGCUACUCCAUCGCCCUGGUCGUCUUCUUCGUCGGCUACGUCGUCUUCGAGAUCCCCUCCAACAUGCUCCUCGAACACAUCAAGCCCAACGUCUGGCUCCCCAUCAUCAUGUUCGCCUGGGGCUGCGUGACUAUCGGCAUGGCCUUUGUCAAGACCUACCAAGGCCUCAUCGGCUUCCGAGUCGCAAUGGGUGUGCUCGAGGCUGGGUUCGCGCCUGGUGUCCUCCUGGUAAUCAGCUCGUGGUACAAAAAGUCGGAGCAGAGCAAGCGCUUUGCUGUCUACAUCUCGGCCGCUAUCCUCUCCGGUGCCUUUGGCGGUUUGAUCGCUGGUGGAAUCGUCGGGGGCCUUGACGGCGUCCAUGGUAUUGCUGGCUGGAGGUGGCUGUUCAUUGUCGAGGGGGCUGCCACAGCCGGUGUCUCCAUCAUCGCCAGCUUCCUCCUGCUUGACUUCCCUGCCACGACGACCCGGCUUACCGAGAGCGAACGCGAGCUUGCCCUGGCUAGAAUGGCCGCUGAGGCGAUGAUGGUUGAGACCAGCGAUGGCCCAGCCUUGACCCAUUCCCAAGCACUGAAGCGCAGCCUGAGCAACUGGAAAACAUGGCUCUUCGUCCUCGGCUACAUGGCAAUCGUCGGCUCCUCCACCCUCUCCUACUUCUACCCAACCCUCGUCUCCGGCCUCGGCUACACCGGCAACAUGGCCCAGUACAUGGUCAUCCCCAUCUACGCAGCCGCCUUCGUCUGCAACGCCAUAGUCGGCUACUUCGCCGACCACCACCAGCGCCACCGCGGGUUCUUCCUCGUCGCCAUGAUGCUAGUAGCAAUGGUCUGCUCGAUCGUCAUCUGCGCCGUCUACGACCUCAAGGCUCGCUACGCCCUGCUCGUCAUCAUGGCCAUGGGCCUCUGGGCGUCGAACGGGCUGUCGCUUGCCUACGCGUCUACCAGCUUCGGGGACAUGCCGCGCGAGGUGCGUGCAAUCUCGCUCGCCCUGGUCAAUGCCAUGGGCAACCUGGCGCAGAUUUACGGCGCUUACCUCUUUCCUGAUGAUGAUAAGCCGAAGUACCUUAUGGGCUUUGGCGUUAUCAGUGGGUUGUGUUUCACGGGUGUGCUGUCUUACCUUGCGUUGCAGAUUUUCUUGAAGGUCAAGGCUGCGCCGAGGGUGUAG